AUGGCGCUCACCGACAAGUCUAAGGCUACUUUUGACUUUCACGAAGACGAAGAAGGCGGGCAACUCAGAGACUCCGAAUCUCUCGCUCAGCUACAGAAGAACCCGUCUACCGCCGUACAGCGCAUCCGUGAGCUGUACGCAGCCAGAGUUCCCGGAGGGCUCAACGAGAAUCUCUGCAAGCAUUUGCAUUUGAUUGCGCAAGUGCUUGACUCCUCUGAGAGUCCCUCCACCGCGAUAUGGCAGGCACUGAUGAAAGAAGGGCUGUUCGAUGUCUAUCGUGAUAUGAUGGUGGCUCCAGGCUUCUUCGAGGAGAAGUCCGAGCUUGUUAUUGCCGUCGUCAAUGGUCUCGCUAGUCUACCACAAUGCUGCUCGGAUACAGAGGACGUCGACUUCGAGACCGUGCGCUAUCUGCUACUCGGUUGCCCCGCCAUCUUCGAAGCAAUAUGGAAGAACCGUGACCGCUUGAAAGAGUUGGAUACGUCUCCAUUCGAGUCUGCUUUCGAGUGGUGUGUGUUUCAUUGGGCAGACAUGUAUCAGACCUUUCGCAACCACACAGCCGGAAUGGAGACGUACAUCCCGCACGUCUCCCUGUAUACAUGGGUACAUCUUCACAAACCCAAUGGGGCUUCCGACAUGGCGCUUGCUGGUAUGCGGUUCCUGUCCGACCGUAGGCACCCGUUGCCGGAGCACACACUCGAGCGCUUCACGCAAGUGGCUGUCAUUGACGGUAUAGGAGGCGACAUUCUUCUCGCACGCUUCGAAGACGUCUUGCAUGAGGCAUUCGAACCCAUUAACCUCGAGUCUCUCGGCUCCGGCGAUGUCCUCGAAGCUCUGGGCGUCAUGUCGCAGCUUGUGAAGCACCCGAGGAUGCGAGCGCUCGUCCAGAAACGUGAAACGUUUCGACACAUCGUCGCAUAUAUGGACAAGUAUGUGCACUCCUCGGAGAUGCCUGGCGCACGGCAGAGAGAGUCUGCUUGGACAGAGUGGGAGAUGGCGUUGUUCCAUUUUGAGCUGAUAACCGAAGAUCUGAAGAAGGCGUUUGCCAGCAAGAACAUGUCCCACGUCACCGUUCGUGGCGAAGAUAUCGCUACCUUCCUCGCUCGUGGAACAGAGUUAGUCUCACGCGGUGUCCCCAGAGACAAGUCCAGACAGAUAGCAGCUGCUUUGCACCUGUACGGGAUCUGGGCUAAAUCUCCGGAGUGGCGCCGACUAUGCCCGUCGUUGACGGAAAGCCUUGUUCGCGGCGCGCAGAACGAAUGGAUACCGACGCUCAAGGCACUUGACACAGGCGCAUACCGCCAGGGAAUGCCUGAGAGAGUAUACAAAGACCUCACCAACGCGUGGAGGAGCUUCGGUACGGCGAUGGGUCUCAACGAGAGCAAGGAGAGGAAACGGUACGCGAACGAGAGGCAGAAGUUCUGCUCGUAUUCUCCAUGCCAAUGGAGCAAGAAGGAGUCAGAUAUGCCGCUGCUCUCCUGUAAAGGUUGUGGAGAGGCAAGAUAUUGCGGGAAGGAGUGCCAGCGAGGGGAUUGGAAGGUGCACAAGAAGACGUGCGGUGAUCGGCUCAAGUAG